AUAACACACAUUGUAAUCUUGCCUGAAUAAAUCAUACCAUGUUUCCCAUUUUUACAGGUAAUUCAUUGGUGAUCACCUCACUUUUAAGCCUUUAAUAUUCCUAUUUAUUUCUUCUAUUAGUAAUUAUUGUUCAACAUGAUGGCAUGUACUGGGAAUAAAGGCAUAUCAGCUUUCUGUCUUACUAAAUUAUUGAUGAAAGGUUUAUCACUACCUCAGAAAAAGUGCUUGUGUCUAUAUCCUGUUAAUUUGCACCCCAGGAAAGUCACCAGGCAUAGUGUGCCUGCACCAGAAGAUUAUGAAAAAGUUGCCUCAGAAACUGGCUCUGAUUUACAAUCUGCUGAAGCUUUAUUGACCAAAACAAGAAAAGCCAAAUUGGAAGAUCCAGUUGCAAUGAAGUGGAAGCUGCAUUUAAUGUCUCAAGCAAGUACAGAUUUAGAUCCUGAAGAUUCAGAAUUUCUGUACGUUACUAGGUUUGGGUCAGUGCGAUUAGAUAAUGAUAAUAAACAUCAUACAGAAUUAGGGGAAGAUACUCUAACUGACCAACCAAUUGUGCAUAAUGAUGAAAUGAAUCUCAUUGAUCAGCAAUAUUUUGAUGUGGAAAUGUUAUCAAGAAACUAUCCCCCAGUAACAGAAGAAAAAAAUCAAACCCUUAAUGCGGAUAGUGACCCAGCUACGUUUAUUGACCAACAGUAUUUUGGAGAUGCAUUGGAUCGAAGUUUGCCAAGGGAAACUGCUGCAUCAGACCUGCCUCUGCCCAAUUUUAAGCAGGAACUGAAUAAUGAAGAAUUGAACUAUAUUGAUGAAAUAUUCUUUAAAGAUGAAAUUCAAUCCAAACAUGACAGUUCUCAGAGGAAUGAACUACCUGGAAGAAAAAUGGGGGAUUUUGAAAGAUCUCUCCUUGACAUUGAUGACUGUGAUUCAAAUUCUGAAACAGUUCCAAUAUUAUCACCUCAUGCUAAGAAAUUGCAAGAUGAACUUCUACUCAAGUUUAGAGAGAAAAUACUACCAAAUAAAAGCAUCAGUGGAGAGGUUCCUUCACUUGAUAGAACACCUAAACCUAAUGCUGAAAGUUUACACACUUCAACCAAAUCUACUUCUGUAAAGGCAGACAUUUUGGACGAGUCCGCUUAUGAUGCUGAUGGGUCCAAAACCAUUCAUGUAUCAAAGGAAUGGUUCAGUAAAAAUAAAAUUGAACUAAAAGUAGCCCCUGAUAGUGCCUUAUCUUAUGCUUUGAAAUUGAGAAAAGAUAAAAAAGAGAAGAACCUGCAGGAGGAAUCAGAGGAUGGAUCUAUUUAUGUUCCCACCUACAAGCGGAUUAUAUCAAGUGUGCUGGAUUUAAGAAAACUCUCCAAGUAUGACUUGAAGAGAAAGUUGAAGGACUGGAUAAUCUAUGAUGACAAUGACAUAGUAGGCAUCUAUAAGCCAUAUGGACUUCGUGCUCAUGGUGGCGGUGACAAACGAUGGGAAGGCUCCUGGACCUUAACAGAUCUGAUGCCUGAGCUCUGUAACAUCCUUGAUGCUCAACAGCUGCAUCACAUCCAUAGACUGGAUGCUAACACCUCAGGUGUACUGUUAUUUGGACGUACGGAGGAGGUGGCGCAGAAGCUGCGACAGAUGUUCAAAGAACACACAAUCAUCAAGACAUACCUCGCCAUUGUUAAGAACAUCCCCAGCAUAGCUCAUGGAUUGAUCGACGUGCCGCUGAAGGAGGGUGUGGUAGAUGGCAAGGUCAGGAUGGUUCUUAGACCCGUGAUCGAGGGCGUCAACCAGCGGCGCCAGGGCGGCCACAAAGCUGUCACUAAGUUCAAGCUGCUAAGCUGCUGCAACAGCGCGGGUCUGAUGAGCGCUCAGCCCGUGACGGGCGUGAAGCACCAGAUACGCGCGCACCUCGGCCUGGUACUCAACUGCCCCAUCCUCGCCGACCACAAGUACUCCAGCUCCUCCAAGAUGGUACCGCAGAAACUGCCGUCGGACAUCUUGCAUCGGUUGCACCUGAAGCAGUCCAAGGUGCGAGACCUGCCGAUGAUGCUGCACGCCAGCAGCGUCUUCCUGCCUCAGUUCUGUGAUGGCAAGAACAUCAAGAUUAGUUGCCCACCUCCUCCUCACUUCACGCUCGCCAUGAAGGCCCUGAAGCUUUCCUCCGCUCUGAACCACACGCAGCAGAAGUCUCUUGACUUCGUUGACCUCGCGAGGGAGCAGCUCUAGCUUGUGAACUUCAUUGAAUUCUUAUUGCGAUGCAUUUGCUUUGCUAUGAACGAAAAAGAAAAAAAUCGGGAAUUUGUAAAACAUGGGGAAAAUUGUUAUUACGGACAGAUGGUUCGGCCAUAUUACGGUAAUAGUCGCUUCUAUUCCGAUCAGUGAGUUUUUAAUCAGUCAACGUUUGGUUGGGGUACAACCGUGAUGGGUGUCCCUGCCUGUGAAUACCAGAUGCUGUUGAACAUUUUUUUGCCUUGUUCAAGGGAUCAAGAGCAUCAAUAUUGGGGCUGCAAGUUGCGGGCUCGAACGCCAAGCAAGUUGAGAAAAUUGUUCAAAGCCGCUUUAAGGCGUGUCACUGCCUCGUUUGUUCGGUAUCCUAAUAGAAUACAAAGUUAGAAAACAGUGAAAACGGAUGCAGUCGAGUUGCCAACUUCUUUCAAGACUUUAAACAAGUGCCGAGGUCAUUACUGAUGAAAGAUGGAAGAUUUUAUUUCAUUAUACAUGUAACUAGAUGAGCGUGAGGCUAUAAGACACGUAAGAGAACUUUGCAACAUCUGAUUUCUAUGUUCCUAUUGUCUCACUUCAUGUGACCAGUAUUUUUGACUUCAUCUCGACUGUUCCACCAUUGUAUUAGCAAUUGUUCUCCCUGACGGCCAAGUGUAAUAAAUAUGACUCAAUGGAAA